AUCUACCGAACGAUAUCCAUUUGGUACUGAGUAGUGUCUUAUGUCAAUCUACUUUCUAAAAUUUGUGUAUAAAAUCAAAUUGUGUUAAUGUAUUUUGAUGUGUAAUCAUUUCGAUUAUUUUCAGGUAUCUUAAAAGUCAAUCUUUUUAACGGGAGGAAACUAUAUGUAGUUCUCAUUUGAAUUAAGGCCUCCUGGACAAAGUCUGUAGCCGACUUUACUGGACGCUUAGUAAAUGGAGGUUUGCGAUAUCGACCUUUAGAUGAUCUGAAGGCUAUAUUUAAAACAGCAGUACAGAAAGACUCCCGUAAACUUGAUAAAAACCCUACUGAGUGUUCAAAAACAUGGGCUUCAAAUUUAAAGAAACACCCCUGUUACCUACAGCUGCCUCCUAUGUCUUUACCAGCUCAACUCGAUGCAAUGGCUAUCGAAUACCUCCGAGAGCAUUCCGUUUCUCCCCCAAAGGCAAUUGAAGAUCGUUCCAAAAUUCUUACGGAUUAUCUUUGGUCACGGCCUCUUUUGUCAGAGGAAACGAUUAUACAGAAAUCAUGCAACAUAAAAAAAUCGAAAGACGUGGAUGAAGAAGAUGAGGAUGACGGUCUGACUUUCGCUCUAGAGAACUUUGCUGAUCAACGUGAGGCUCGAAUUACCAGGGAGCUAAAUUUGAAAUCCUGGAAAUCUCUAAGCUAUUCUGGACAUACCUGUGAACUUUAUUUGGUCUCGCGUUUGGCUCCCAACUUUGCGUCAGCUUGUCGAGUCCUGUAUGAGAUUCGUAAACGAUGUCCUAAUUUUAUUCCAAGGUCACUGUUUGACUUUGGCUCUGGUCUAGGCACAGUUACUUGGGCUACAAAUACUGUCUGGCCAGUAGGCUGCGUACGUGAACACUAUCUGGUAGAACCAUCCUUACACAUGACCCGACUCUCUGAGUUCAUGUUCCGUAAACAGGGAACUGUACAACCUUCCGAAAAUAUCUUUCCUGGAGUUUAUCAUCGCCGUUUCAUGCCUGGUAGAAAAAAUCAGUAUAAUUUAGUGGUCAGCGCUAAUACACUGAUUGAACUACCGUGUGCAUCUGCUCGUCACCGUGCUGUUUCUUCUUUGUGGGAGAAAACAACAGAUUUUCUCGUCUUAAUUGAACAAGGAACAAAGUCUGGUUUUAAAGCAAUAAAUGAAGCAAGAGAAUAUUUGCUCACGAAUGGUGGACCUGAUGUUCGUAUAUUUAGUCCUUGUCCCCAUGCACAAACCUGUCCGAAAAAGAAUUCCGUUUGUAAUCUUACAGUACAGUAUUAUAGCUUUGGUCUUACACGAUUUAAAAGCGAACCAUGUACUGAAUUAGUUUCUUACUUAAUUAUUUCUCGAGGAGAUUGGCGAAGACACCAGAUUCCAGUUGUUAAUCCUGAGCCACACGAAUUGCCUCGAAUAGUUUCUUACAACUUGUCUAAACGUAGUCGUAUCAUGCAUGAUAUCUGUUUGCCUUGUGGUGCAGUCGAACGUGCUGUUUUCCCUAAACAACAGUCAGAGAAGAGUUUGUAUUACUUUAUGAGACAUGCUCGUGCAGGUGAUAUUGUGCCGGCUGAAGUGGUGAACAAAGGUGAGUGUAAAUUGCUUGAAGAUGCAAUCGAAGAUGAUGAAAACAAGAUAGUGGAAUCUGUCAAAUCAUCCACAUAAUUAAUAACUGUUGCUGAAAGUCUACCGAGACUCUUCAUACACAUACAAGACGUCAGCUUUUAUUAAAAUAUUAACAUUUAUGUUAAUAAUAUGACAAAUGUGUAAUUAUCAAACUUCUAGUACAACAGUUCUUUUCGUCUUGAUUUCAAAUGAGAUGUCGCGCUUAUAAAAAGCCAGAAAAUGCUUUUUCUCAAUUUUUGAAAAUCACCGUAGUAACAGUAAUUAGAUUAAUCAGUUGGCAACUCAUGAUGUUUGAAUGGGAACUCCACCUUAAUUUGUGGGUGGUGUAUAUAGAUUGAAUGAUUUUAAAUUCUUCCCGAGCAAUCUGUUUGACAGUACUGACAUUUUUCAUUUACCCAUGACCUUUGUAACAUUACUUGAACAUUUUCCCCUCUUUUAUAACUUAAACAUUACUUUGUAACUUCAAUUGGUCGAGAGCUACUCUAUAUUACUGUAUUCGCUUUGUCUGUUUCCUGGAAAUCUCGAUUGAUUUAUUCAUCUGAUUCUUGCAGGCAGAAUUCUUAUCUCAGUUUGUUUGGAGUAUGCUUGUUGAUUCUUGGGUAUUAAACAGUUGUAUUUGUUCAACUAUUUUCUGUAGCCGAAAUAUUUUUGACCUGUGUUUUGGCUCAGCAGGAUUGUUGGGGUGCUUCUGUAUUUUUGUAUCACUUGUUGUUGUUUAAUAAUGCUACUAAUAAUUAUUUCACGUUAAAUAGUAUUUCGACAUCGUUAAAAUGUAAUUUUUGAACGUGUGAGAUUCAAGAAGAUGCAGUAAUUUGUCUACAUUGUAUUCCACUGAUUCCGCUGUCUUUUCCUGCUCUCAGGCCGAAAUACUUAGUUUUCAG